GAUUGAAAAAGUUGCAAAAGUUUGUAUGUACUGUGACGUUAAAAUUCACAUCACAAGGUCCCGAGUAUAGAACUAGCGUGUUUUAAGUACGGGACGCAUUACCGUCCCUCGGGAGAGUCGCAAAAGGUACCGGCCAAGAACUCCAGGGUCCAAGAUUGCAUUAGAAUUACAUAAGAUUAAUUAUUUUUGUUCCGUACAACUAUUUCAUGCGUUUCGUAUCCGGCCACCAGCACCAUCAACGUUUCGCCGAGGGAGUAAAUAUCAGCCACGCCUAGACAGACCAUCGGUCGCAUCCUCGCUCGAAGGAAGUAGCCACCAGUCCCGCGAGGGAGCGUGGAGACGCACUACGUCACCAGGCGCCACCACCCCGCAGCUGGCGGCCCCCGAAUCAAGUGGGAAGCCGAGACAGCAUAAGACAUCUCACUGAAUCAUACCGAUCUCGCAUUACCGCCGGUACGGACGUCCCGCGAAGGGAACGCCACCGGUACCGAAGAGGAUGGAAAGCUCUGGAAGCUGUCCAGGUGCGAGGGGUCGCUACCCUCCACCACCUAUCCGUCCCGACAGGAGUCCGGACGAGAAUCAACUCCGGACGAAGUAUCUGGACACCCUAGCUACGGCAACGAGUUGUGACAUCCCGAGGAGUCCCGAGUCCCGCAAACAGGAUCGGUCGCGAGGACUAGGAUUAAGAAUUAACUAGCGGAACCGCCCUCCAAAGUAUAAAUUGUAUAAUUUACAAGGAGGCUCCGGUUAUAGACGUUAUAUCUUUCCGUGUCCUUCUUGUAGGGUUAAGUUGUUAGAAAUUAUCGAUACAAUUAUCGUAAGAUGAAUUUAAGUCCAGAGUCGUGUUUUGAAAUUAGCGCGGGGGCCUACAAUUGGCGAGUACCUUCGACGACGAUGAUUGGCCCAGGAGGGCCCGGCGGGGAUGACGGAGCCAGCGCUGGCCCCGAGUCCCGAAGAACUCCCGAAGAUAUUCAUUCUCGAUUAGUUUGCCGUCUUGGCCGGUGGUCUCGUUUUGAAGAGUUGUACCGUAGAAGCCUUUUAGCAUCGUUCACGGUCGAAGGCACCUUGCGACGAAGAAGAAAGGGGAGGGAAUGCAGGGUGUGUUCACAUGAGCGACCCACUGAACCGGAACCACUGUUCACGUCAUCUACAUAAUGAAACAAUAACACAACGACGAUACGGAAAUUGUUCAUCUAUAGCGGAGAAGAGACAAUGCCAUGACGUUAGUACACCUUAUCGAUAGGAUCACCUUAUCAAGCAGAUUGGUUCGAAAAGUUUCUGGGUCACCCGCGAUGAACUUGUCGCUAGGCAUUUAACGCUGAGUUUCCAUUACGCGAUUUCAACUUCAUGCACGGCAAAUGACCUGCAGUCAUGUGUCUCUUCUUCCUCUUUUGAACUUUACCUUUCACCUUAGUCUCCAUGGGUUCUCAAGUAUAUAUAAAAAUCAUUGAAAUAAACGAUAGAGUGCACGUGCAAUAUAUAAUACAUGUAACUCUUUAUGCUCAUUAAGUAAACUUUACGUUUACUAAAUUAUAAUAUUUCUCAAUAUUAAAUCAAGUACGUCAAGGUAGAUUGAAAUAACGAAAGUGAACUUAUCUCUUUACAAGUAUAUUCAAAAGGGAUAGUCGUCUUAUUUAGAAAACAUUUGUUCCACAAUUGGUCGAGUCGUACGUCAUACUAUAUAUAUUUUCGUGGCUCAAAUGAAGCAACGAAUAAUCGGGCAAGUUCGAUCGAUAUGAACAAUGACGUCUCAGGUGGUUUAAUGUGAAAUUACUUCCUGUCAUUGACAUCCAUUUUAAAAAAAUCGAUAACGAAUACCAAUAGUUCUAAUUAAAUGUAAGAUACA